AUGGCAAGGGCAGCCGCAGGGCCGGAAGGCGGCGCAGCUUCCCGCAGGCCUUCAAGCGACAAUGGCAGAAAGGAAGUUAAACGAUCUUCGAAGAAGUCCUCCGAGUCUUCUCUCGCCGCCUGGUCUACCUCCUCAGCUCCGGCUGCUUCGAAGAAGAAGGAUCCGCGCUUCUGUGCGCAUGCAGAUCGCCGCUUCUUGCUCGAGAAGCUGCUGCCUUCGCAGAAAGGAGGAGCAGCACACAAGAAGCAGAGGGAGUUUCCGCCUCUCCGAAAGGAGAAGAAGCUCGAGAAGAAGAGCGCGACGCUCGUGACCGAGAAGGGAAGCGUUGCGGAGAAAGCGAGAGGACAGAGCGACAAUGGAAAAGGAAUCACGAAGCUCUCCGUCCGCGCGUCACUCGCAGACAGCUGGGAGAACGACGAACGAUUCUCGCGAAUCUUCACCGACGAGGCAUUCGCUAAAGGAGGCACCAUCGGGAAAGUCGACAAGUUCGGUCGCAGUCUCGAGACGAGAAAAUCAAAGAAAAGCGACAAAGACGCAGCGCGUUCGAAACUGAAGACGAAGCUCCAAGAGAGACGAAAAACAGAAGGCAAGGGAGAAGAAGAGGAACGCGAAGACGAUCAAGAAGGAGGAGAUGAAGAAGAAGAAGACGAAAGAGCUGAAGAAGCAAAGGGAGAGGAGGAGGAAGAGGAAGAAGGAGGCGACGAAGACACUGCUGAAGAAGAAGAGGAAGCAGAGGAGGAGGAAGAAGAAGAAGGCGAUGAAGAAGAAACUGCGGAAGACGAGGAGGAUGAAGAGGACGAUUCGUCGGAGUCGGAAACUGAGGACGAAGAUGAAGAGGACGAAGGUCCUUCGGUGUGGGACAAGGAAGGUGAAGAUCUAGUAAUGAGCGAGGAGGCGUCUCGGCGCAUUGCGGUCAUGGGCUUAGAGUGGGAAAACGUCACGGCGAACGACAUCCUUUUGGUCUUUCGUUCCUUCGCUAGAGACUUCGCCUCCGGCUCCGCUUCACGGUCUGCAAAGAAGGCGCGCGAGUCCGGCGAGGCGCAGACGGCAACGCUCAGAGGCUCGCCUGAGACCAUUGUCGAACGCGUCUCCAUUUAUCCUUCCGACUUUGGUCUCGAACGCAUGAAGAUAGAGGCAGUCAAAGGGCCUUGUAUUGACUGGGAACGCAUAGAAGGCCGGCGCCAGGCCUCGCCGUCAGAGGCGGCAGCCAACGGCGAGAGCGAAGACGAAAAUGAAGUCGAAGACGAAGAAACGCAAGACGAAAAUGAUGCAACCGACGCACGGGAUGAAGCGGGCGACGCGAGUGAAGCAGAGGCGGAGGACAAUGAACUUGAGGAGAAGGAGGAAAGAGCCAAGGAGAAAGGGGAGAGCGACGCGGAAGGAUUCGACGAUUCCACAGACGACGACGAAAUUAAACCGACCGACGAAGAAGAGCUGCGCUACAACGAGGCUCUCCGCAAAUACCAAAUAGAACGAUCGAGAUAUUACUACGCCGUCGUCGAAUUUGACUGUGUCGCCUCCGCCAAGUUUUUCUAUGACGAGCUGGACGGCUGCGAUAUUUCCUUCGCGCUUGACGGCUUGGAUCUCCGAUUCAUUCCAGACGACUUAGAGUUUCCUCACCCUCCGACGUCUGUUUCUUCUCUCUCGGACAAGAAAGGCGAGGCCGGCAGAGUCGCCAGCGAGGCUGCUCUUCUUCGCUACGAACCGCCGCCCGCUGCCAGCACAGCUCUCCGACACAGCAGAGUGAAGUGCACCUGGGAUGAGACGCCGCUCGAGAGAACAAAGUUGUUGACCAAGAGAUUCACGGAAAAAGAACUGAGAGACUUGGAUCUGAAGGAGUACCUUGCGUCCUCCUCUUCGUCAGAAGACGAGGAAGGAGACUGUACACAAGGAAAGCGAUGGAAGCUCACAGAGUCAAACCUCCAAGAGUAUCGUCGUCAGCUUCUUGGAGACGCGGCCGAUUUGUCGUCCGACAGCGAGAACGUCGAGUCCGGCGACGAGUCGAAGAGCAAAGCCGCUUCUCUCCCUUCCUCCUCAAACGUAAAAAUCAGCUUCGAGGGCAAACUGGAAGACUGGAGCUCCUCCGGGGACGACGACGACGACGAGGGAGACAACGCCGCAGGACUAACGGCGGAGGAUGAGGAAACCUGGAAGGCGUACGUCGAGCGAAGCAAGAAGAAGGGGAAGGAACAGCGAAGACGCCAGGCCCGGCAGUGGGAGGCUGCGUAUGCCGCCGCGGACGAGGAGGGCGAAGAAGCCGAAGAAGCCGAAGAAGUACGAGCUGAAGGCAAGCGGAAGACCGAGCAGCGACGUCGAGAGAAAGGGAAGAAAUUCCCAAUCUUCGCUGGGGCAGGCGGCAGCGAGGACGAAGCCUCGGCCUCAGAGGAAGAUUCUGACCGAGCACUUUCAAGCUCCAGAAAGGGAGGAAGAAAGAAGUCUUCGAACGCGAACACAUCCACGAGCGAGAGAAAACGUAGAGACAAAAACGAUGCCUCAACGAAACGAAAAAUCGAAAAUGAAGAGGCCACAAAGGCCGAACUCGAACUCCUCACUCUUGGGCAUGAUGAGGAAACGCGACGGCACUUCGAUUUGAGACACGAACUCCACAAUCGGCCGAGCAAGAGAAAAGCGAAAAAGAUGAAGCGCAUGCGCGAGCAGGAAGCGGCGACAAAUCCCUCUGAAGCAUCCUCUUUCAAGAUCGACGUGGAUGACGAUCGUUUCUCCCGUUUGUUCUCGAAUCCGGAAUUCGCAAUCGACCCCACAAAUCCGAACUUCAAGAAAACUGCGGCGACCGACGAGCUUCUACGAGUGAAACGCAUGCGCAGCUCGAAGCUCCAGUUUACGCGCCUCAAGCAGAAGGCCGUCGCUGGGCAGGAUCAGCAGCCCAGUGGCCUGAGUUUCGUCUCCACAGCUGGACCGGGGAAGACAGGCAAAUCAGAGAAGCAGAAAGGAAAGAAGGGAUUUACGCUGUUUGCCAAGAACGCGUAGAGAGCGCGACACAAGAGAGCUUGGAAAAUGUGGAGAAGCGCAUGCAGCGAUGCGUGUCAUCACAGCUCAAUUCCUCAGGUUCCGCUAGAAUUCUGUGGUGGCGCACGAGGUAGUCUCUUUGUGGUUCUUCAUUUUUGCAUUCCUGCUGCCGUCUUCUACGUGACUCUUUCCCCUUUAGUUUUCCUCGAGAGAUGCGUUCAAGGGACAGGUGCUCUUAGAGCAAACGCACGUUCUGCUUUUGUCACCCUCGUUCGCUUUUAUCUGUUCAGCUAAAAGCUCUCCAUUCCCAUGUGACGUCUUUGCAUGCGUUGCACUGAUGGCCGCGGGCCAGGUUCGAGG